CAGAGAGACAAGUGCAGGAAAAGAAUCCGAACAUGGAGUUGGACUCGGACUGCUGUGAAUUCCCGCAAGACUGCUCGAUGGUGGACGUCCAGGACUUAGGAGAUAUGGGACUAAAAAUGAUGUACAAUACAAACAGUGUGUUGCAAAAGAUUGCCAACCUGUACGCCGAACGUUUGAUGUCAGAUGUGACGCUUGUGGUGGGUGAGAAUCGUUAUCCGGCUCAUCGCAUCAUUCUCUGCGCCAGCAGCGACGUCUUUCAGGUGAUGUUGAUGAAUGCAACUUGGCGCGAGUUUGGCGACGCGGUCAUCACGCUGCAGGAGGAGGAAAAAUGCCAAGACGUGUUCCCACAGUUUCUGCGCUACAUGUACGUUGGCAAGAUGACGAUCUCGGUCGAUACGGCAGUGUACAUAUUGAAGCUUGCCGACAAGUACAACAUCCACGAUUUGGUGCAAAUAUGCAUUGACUACAUGAAACGGCACAUAAACAAGGCAACCGAAAAGGGUCACUUCGUCGAGUGGCUGCACAAUGCGUUGCUAAUCUGUCCGGGCUGUAAGGAUUUGAUCACGCUGCUGGAGAACUACCUGAAGUGGAACUUAGAGCGGAUAGUGUUGUACCCGGGCUGGGAGCAGCUAAGCCCCGGCCUGAUGAACUUUUUGCUGCAACAGAACGAUCUGGUCGUGCGCAGCGAGUUUCGGCUUUACGAGCUAGUCGAAUGCUGGUUUCGUUACCAAAAAAUGCAGAUCGAGGAACGGAUCGAUAUGCGAGAGCAGGACCGAGAGAGUGCUAUCAAUAAGCUAAUCAACGGUGUACUGGUACACAUACGAUUCGCGAUGAUGAGCCUACCGCAGCUGGCGAACGUGCUGAUGAGCGGUGCAUCGGUACGGAUGUUGAAAGAGUUUUACGUGGCACGGGUUGCCGACGGUAUGAACUUUCAUUCGCGCCAUCUAGAGAUAGUGAGUGCCAUACGGCAGAGCGAAACGGGCAAACUGUUUUUUACCCCCCGGCUCUACGCGAGCGACCUGUGGAGCCUUGAGAUUGCCGUCAACUACUUCCACAAGGUGGAAAAGUAUUCGAGUGUUGCGUCGGUGUUUUUUUCGCCAACCAACUUUAGUGAUGUUGACGAGGAAAGUAAUGGCUGGGAUGUCGAGUUUUUCCCGCUAGGCGUACGAUACAAACCAGCACAAUUGAUUGGUAUUUACAGUGCGGCCACCAAUCGGGAAAUACCCGAAAGCAUCAUUCGCACUGUACGCUUGAGAAUUACCAGCCAGACGGCAAUGCGAACCGAACGACGAUACAUGAUUGGCGUUCUGAUAUGUGGUAUGAUGAAUGACGAAGAGUAUGUCCGCAACUGUCACGUGCGGAUGGCAUAUUUCUCCAACGAUCAACGGGUGCUGAAUAUCGAUAAUUUAAUACCGUUCGAAGAACUGCAGCUGGGCGCGAGGAAGUUUAGUCAAUAUAUGGUCGGAUUGGAGCAAAAUACGAUCAAGAUUAAGGUUGUUAUCGUACCGUUAAAUCGGUUCUCCAACGUAUUUGCUCCAAAGUUGGAAUAGUAGCUAGAACCCCUUAACGAAGCUCCGAGAGUAAGUUUAUACUAUUCUUUUAACAUGUGGGCUGAUAAUUGGCAAGGUUCAGCUGAAGCACUGAAAUGAGCACUGAAGAUGGUGAACACAGUGGACGCCCAAAAGAGGUGGUUACUGAGGAAAACAUUAAAAAUUUUAUUUAAUAUAUAUUAUGACGGCUGUGCCGUAUUUUCAAAAAACAUUAAAAAUAAUCCACAAAAUUAUUAAAAGCAACCAUAAUGUGAAGUUGAUCGAGAUAGUUGACACCCUAAAGAUGUCUAAGGAACGUGUUGGACAUAUCGUUCACGAGUAUUUGGAUAUGAGAUAGCUCUGUGCAAAAUGGCUGCCGCGCAAGCUUACAUUUGACCAAAAACAACAAAGAAUUGAUGAUUCGGAGCAGAGUUUGGAGCUGUUUGAGCGAAAUAAAUCCGAGUUUUUGCGUCAGUAUGUUACCAUGGAUGAGUCUUGGCUUCUCCACUUCACUGCAAAGUCCAACAGACAGUCAUCCGAGUGGACUGGACGCGAUGAACCUGUUCCAAAGCGGGGGAAAACGCAACAAUCAGCUGGCAUGGUUAUGGCGUCAGUUUUUUUGCGAUUCGCAAGGAAUAAUCUUCAUCGAUUAUCUUGAGAAACGAAAGACCAUUAAUUGCGACUACUAUAUCAAGUUAUUGGAGCGUUUGAAGGACGAAAUCGCCAAAAAACGGCCACAUUGGAAGAAAAAAAAGUUUUGUUUCGUCAAGAAAACGCACCGUGCCACAAACCAGUGAAAACAAUGGCAAAAAUUCAUGAAUUAGGCCACGAAAUACUCCACCACCCACCGUAUUUCGUAGAUCUGGCUCCCAGUGACUAACCCCAUUUCUCAGAUCCCAAAAGGAUGUUCUCUGAGAAGAAAUUUUCGUCGGAUAAAGAGGUGUUCGCCGAAACUGAGGCCUUUUUUGACGCAAAGGACAAAUACUACUACAAAAAGGGUAUCGAAAAUUUUAAAGACCGCCAAAAUCGGUGUAUCGCCCUUAAAGGGACGUAUGUUGAAUACAAAAAAAUAAUUUGGCCAAAAAUAAGUGUUUUACUGUCAUAGGCCAAACAAUUAUCAGCCCACCUGUUAGUACAUCUCUCUAUUUUAUUCGGAGAUCUCUGCGCAUUCGGAGAUAUCGCGGUUUGCGAAAUUUCACUUCUGAGUUUGUUUAUGUCCCAAAUCAUUGACUUAAAAAGACUCCUGCCGUGGCUUUUAACGUCUGAGCAGUAAGUAAGCUAUAAACUAACUCAGUUGUUCAAAUUUUGAAACCGCGUAUCUCGGGGACAAACUGUAUGUUGUGGAUUGCCUUUAAUUUUCUCGCUAGAUCAGUCCGUUGGAAACAGGAGUAGUUUUCUUUAUUUACAUUUGACUAAUAUAGAUAACAGAAUCCGGACCGUAGCAAAGACUAUCCGGUUGCGUAUUAAAAUAAGUUUAUUAGCUGAAACAGAUAACAGAAUAGGGAGAAUGUAUAUUAAAAAUCUUUGAUUUUGAUUCCGUUUCUUCUUAUUCAUAAUAAUGUACCGACACUUAUGUGUGUUUUCGUUGUUUUCGUUUUGUGUUAAAACUCAAUAUUAAAUGUUAUGGAUUUAACAGCGGUAACCAUUACUUAAAAAUAAAAUUUGUGAAUUUGAUCAGUUUUUUCGUAACGUAAUUAUGCGCUUGCACUUCCUUCGUGCCUAUCCAUUACCGACCGUUACUCACUUCAUGUUCACUACAUCCUGCUAGGUUCAGUUUACGUAACAGUUGUGUAUUAGGGUACAAUA